CCUCCAAACGUUGUUUGACAUACCCAUCGUUGUAAGCUUCGCCUCUGGCAGUUUCUUUUUUAAAAGGCAAGCUCAAAGCCACAGAUUAUACAUUUUGCUCACAAACCGUGUUGGUAAAAUAACAUACAGAGAGAGCAACAGCGGGAAUCAGGCUUUUUAGCUCUCAUUUGGAGACGAACAGCUUGCGCGUAAACGGCACCGGGCAUCACUGAAGGGAGAGAUCAGAGGUGUCGAGAUAUUUUUGUUUCUUCUUUUGAUUUAUUUGUGACUGCGGGGUUGAAGAACAGCGCAAGGGGAGAAGAGUGACUGCCUUUGUGGAUUGCGAGCAUCGGUGACAUUUGGGACUUGAGCGCGCAAAAGGCACCUGUGGAUGCAACACCCCUCUGGUGCUUGGACUCAAAUCGUUUGCAAAGAAAGGAUUCACCACAAGAUAUAAUUGCUAAUCGUUGCGGUUUCGAUCAAACAGCCUGCAGUUUAGACAAGAAGCGCGCCAUGCUGUUGAGUGUUUCCUUCCUGAUGGUGCCCCUGCUGCUGAGCAUAACCGGCUGCGGCUCGUCGUACGUGCCGUGCCAGCCGUGCGAUGAGAAGGCCCUGUCCAUGUGUCCGCCGGUGCCGGUGGGUUGUCAGCUGGUGAAGGAGCCCGGCUGCGGCUGCUGCCUGACGUGCGCGCUCGAAGAGGGCCAGCCGUGCGGCGUGUACACCGGGCCGUGCACGCGCGGGCUUCGCUGCCUGCCCAAGAAUGGCGAGGAGAAGCCGCUGCACGCGCUUCUGCACGGCCGUGGGUUGUGCAGGAACGAGAAGUUGUACAAACUGCUGUAUUCGCCCAAAGACGGAGAAUCUCGCGAUGACGCCAUGUUACGCAUCCCAGACUCACUGCUGCCCCAAACCAAGGUGCCCAUAUACGUAGGUGAACACAUCAGCAGUCUCAAGGCCCAGGCCAUGAAGCAGGCCAAGGACCGCAAGAAGCAGUUGGCCAGGCCGGGACCCGCAAGCAAUCUGAACUUUCCCCCACUCAGCCUGGAUAAACUGGAGCCUGAGUUCGGCCCCUGCAGAAGGAAACUGGAUAAUCUCAUCCAAAGCAUGAAGGACACUUCUAGGGUCUUUGCUCUCUCUCUGUACAUCCCCAACUGUGACAAGAAGGGCUUCUUCAAACGCAAACAGUGUAAGCCAUCGCGUGGUCGGAGGAGGGGGAUCUGCUGGUGCGUCGACCGUUUUGGCGCGACAAUCCCCGGGAGCAACUACGCCGGAGGAGACCUGCAGUGCAAAGAUCUCGACGGCAGCAGCACCAACAGCAACAAAUGAGAGUGUACCGGUCGUUCUCGUUGAGCCCUGUUCCUCUUAAAAACCUGCCAAUCAAGCUAGCACACUUCACGACUGCCAAUCAGGAAAAUAUGGCACAAAUGCUUAUAUAUAUGGUCGAGUGUGAUGGACUGUUUUUUGUUUGUUUGUUUGUUUGUUUUUCUUUCAAAAGGGACCUGAACUGAAAAGCUUGCGUAAGUGAAAAUCUUCAAAUGUAACUGUGGCUCCCUGCUGACCGUGUACUAUGUUUGAGGUUAGCUAACACCUUACCUCUUUAUACUCAUAUAUAAUAGAGGAUUAUAUAUAUAGAUAUAUAUAUGUAUGAUAUUGAUAAUAUGUUGUGUAAGUGUAUUGCGGAAACAAAAUUGCGAAAUUCUGAGACAAGACAUAUUUUCAAUGUGGCUAAAAAACAUCAACAUUUGUUUUUAUUUUUGUCAUAGUGGUGAUCAAGGAGACACCAUUGAAGAGUGAGUUAGUUCUCGUCUAAAGUAGCAAUGUUUUACUAAUUGUUAAUCAUAGGAAUGACAUCCUGAUGUAAGAGGCAUUUUUUUUUUAUAUAUCAAAUAAUGGCCAUUUAAUCCAGCCCCCGACCUACUGUCACUGAACACUUUCCCAAAUUUAGGCUACUUUGCCAAGCAGGAAAAGGGGGGAAGGUUCUGCAGGAUUCCUGUAGGAGGCUGGGUAUAUCAUUUUGUCAUCAGAUUGGAGAAUAGACAGAAUCAACUGGCAGCCGUUUCAUGUGCCAUAGCCAUGUCAGCAUGAUAGCUAUCAUUGUUUGUUCAGCAUAGAUUCAGAAACUCAUUGGCCUGUUUUCACUAAUUGGAGCCAAAUCUAUAGACCUAGAGUUAAAAGAAGCCUACACACUUAAAGGAAUAGUUUGGCAUUUUAGGAGUGCAGGAAUGUACAAAAUCCACCUACCAGCCCCUUUAAAGCUCCCUAAUUAACACGUUAUAUGUUGUUAGUUUAUUCGGUCGAAAAAGCUUAAAAACAUCAGUUUGCCUUUUUAUGUGGGUUUUGUGUGCUGGACUAUUUCUUGGCUCUGACCUUUUUUUAACUUAAUUAACUUUUUUGAGUCUUGGCUGGUUGCCUGGCAAACGCUGAGAGCCAAGAAAUGAAAACCUAUGCUCAAAAUUCAAGGAAAUUCAUUCAAAUUUCAACUUUAAAUUUUUAGCAACAGUAUGCUAUGUUUUUGCCAGUUAGAAAUGAUUAUUUUCUACAUCACAAUGGGACGACAUUCGAUCACCCAGCAGCACUCAUAAACAAACUUUGUACUGUAAAAAGUUAGAUAUUUGACACUCGGUCUCCUUUUUAAAGGCCUUUUUUCAAGUCUAGACAACUGCGUCCACUGUUUGUAAAUGUAUGUAUGUGUGUGUGUGUGUGUGUGUGUGUGUGUGUGUGUGUGUGUGUAUGUGCGUGUGCAUGCUCCUGAGUGUGUUUGUAUGUGUGUGUACUGUACUGUACUGUACUGUUUGUGCCAUGCCCUUAUACGUAGUUCUCGACUACAAGAAGCUCUGGUUUAAAUUCUCACAAGCCCCGAGCUACUGUCCAACAAAUGUGGUGAUGUGCAUUUCCCUUCGCAGACAAAUUGUAUGCAAAGGCCCCGCAGUGUUUAUGUUUCCAUGUGUAGGGUCUUUACUGCCACCAAACAGGCAAAUCUGUCCAUGACUUGCUCUCAGGGUUUAUCGGGUCCUUUAUCCCGCAAAGAGCAAGGUCGCUGAGUUUCUAUGUAAAUUCAAGUGCCUUCUGCCCCACACCACUUUGAAUUUUCAUUUGCAUGUGGACCCAUUGUGUGGUUGCAUGAGAGACACUCGAGCACAAAGGAGGAAAACAAUUUUGGUUGUGGAUGUAGUCGGAUCGUUUUGUUCGAUUUAUUUUUUCCGUUGGUUGCUGACAAAGAUUAUCAUGAUCUCCCAGUCAAGCGCUGCUGAACGUACAAUGACAGGGAACUUUUGUUCUAUAGUUCAAAAUUUGCUUAAGAUCCUUUUUUUGGUUUUUUUUGUUUGUUAUAAUCUUAUAGUUCAUUUAAUGACUUUGUAAUGUCAGACAUUUUUAAUUAGAGCAUUGACAGAGGCUCAUCAGCCAAUUCUUCCCGGUGAAACACCUCUCUUAUGUUGAUUCUAGCACACAUGUAAACACGACAACACGGUGACACUUUAAAACAUUUCAGAAUCUCAGUUAAAAAAAAGAUUAAUGUGAACAUUAUGGUGAAAUAUUUAUCAGGCGUGUAAUUGAUGUAAUCGAUUUAUUUUGUAAUGGCAAAUCACUAUUUAAAUAAAGUGCAUGUACUCACAAAAAAGCCAUAUAUGCACAUUUGUCUUCAAUGUG